UGACGGCGAGCCGUGCGAGCAGACGGUCGUGUUUCAGUCGCAGUCUCCCAAGGAAAAGUUCCCAACUUCCCCCACAUUCAAAAAAAAAAUCCAUCAUUACCAUCGACACAAGUGCAACGUUGUGAGCAAAAAAAAAAAAACAGAGAAAAACUGUGUGAUUUCAAACGAAAAACGCAGGAUAUAUCGUCGCAUUAUCCUUGCCAGGAAAAAAACCAAACCUUAAACAAAAAAUCAAAUAACGAACGGAUUUUGCUUGUUUACAACUCUUGCGGUCAGGACUUUUACGGAUUUCCAGGGGGUGUUCAGUCGUGUUAGUUUGUGUGGUUUUUCCGCCCCGUGCCCUGUGUGUUUUGUGUGUUGUGCUGCUGUAAAGUGGAAGAUGCCAUGGCAACACAUUGCUAAUCGAUGACGUGACCAAAAACAACAAAAUAUAACCAAAGGAACACACAACAAAAAGAGGAAAAAGUCCUCCAAAAAGGAGCAGAGCAAGCCCCCUCACUUCACACUUGGGAUAACACAAGGAUAAUGACCAUAAACUGACUUGAUUGCAAAUUGAAAUGGCAGCAACAAUGUGAACGACCAGAAGAGCAACAAUACCCCAGCGAAAAGCUUUGAAAAUAAGCAGCGAAAAGAUAGAAAAAAUAUCAGAUAGAUAGACAAAUCAUAAACAAGAAUGCCGGGCAUUUGCGGAGGACUGUGAGGAUUGCAAGGAUGCUGAUGCUGAUGCGAUGCGAAGGCGACGCAGAUUGCAUUCAAGGACCGCUGGGCCAGCAAACAAUCAGUGGGGCAAACAAUGAGAACUAAUAAAGCACUUAAGCGGAUAGAAGACCAGCAACAAGGACACUCUCUAGAAGCAGCAGCAGGAGCACCAGUAGCAUCAAUCAAAAUAAGAUUCCCCACUCGGCCACGGGGCGUAUGAUCAACGUGCAUCAGCUUGAUACCCAGAGAAUGGCGGAAUCGCCUCAAAUUAGACGCGACAUGGGUCGCCGAUGCGCCACAUUGCCUUCGAAGGACAUGGACAUGGACUGUGUGGAUGGGGAUACCGAUGGCACUAGCCCAGUCUCCAGGACAAUCACCACCACACCGCUGACAGCCAAUGGAGCCACCACCACCGGGCUAACAUUCACCGCUGCCCCCCAAGACAUGCAACGAAACCACCUGCUAAAGAUGCCAACAGCAACAAUAGAGAAACCAACGAUAACAGCCACCAUCAGCACCAGUACCAGCACCACUAGAACCACUACAACAUCAGCAACAGCCGUACGGUUCUGUUGCCCUGCAACAUUAAGGAUAUUAGCCAAGGGUCUGCUGCUACCCAUCCUGAUCCUGGGCAUCCUCGUGGGCAGCAGCCAGGCGGGAUUCGCCUGCCUCAGCAAUCCCUGUGUGUUCGGCGUGUGCAUCGAUGGACUGAACAGCUCGUACUCGUGUUACUGCAUUGAUGGCUACACAGGGAUCCAGUGCCAAACGAAUUGGGACGAAUGCUGGUCGAGUCCUUGUCAGAACGGCGGGACAUGUGUGGACGGUGUGGCCUACUACAAUUGUACGUGUCCGGAAGGAUUUUCUGGAUCCAAUUGCGAGGAGAAUGUGGACGAGUGCAUGUCGAAUCCCUGCCAGAACGGCGGACUUUGUCGGGACAGAACCAAUGGCUACAUAUGCACCUGCCAACCGGGCUACCUGGGAUCCCACUGCGAACUGGAUGUGGCUGUCUGCGAGACAGGAACUGGAGCUCGUUGCCAGCAUGGCGGCGAGUGCAUCGAGGGUCCUGGUCUGGAGUUCACCUGCGACUGUCCGGCGGGCUGGCACGGUCGGAUUUGCCAGGAGGAGAUCAACGAGUGCGCCUCGUCGCCCUGCCAAAACGGAGGCGUCUGCGUGGACAAACUGGCGGCCUACGCCUGCGCCUGUCCCAUGGGCUAUACGGGCAUCAAUUGCGAGGAGGAGAUCCUCAUCUGUGCGGACAAUCCCUGCCAGAAUAAUGCCCUGUGCCUGAUGGAGGAGGGUGUGCCCACGUGCUAUUGCGUACCCGACUACCAUGGCGAGAAGUGUGAGUUCCAAUACGAUGAGUGUCAGCUGGGACCACGUUGCAUGAACGGUGGUGUCUGUAUCGAUGGAGUUGAUACCUUCUCCUGCUCCUGUCCUCCACUGCUAACUGGCAUGCUCUGCGAGUGCCUGAUGGUGGGUGAAGAGUCCUUGGACUGCAAUUACACGGCACCGGCCACGCAGGCUCCUCCGAGGAGGACCACCACCACAUCCACAGUGGCCCCACCAACAGUGAGGCCUGUCACUCCGCCGGAGACAACGAUACCUCCCAAAGAACCCGAAGAGGAAGAGGUUAUAGUAGUCACCACAGCUGCCCCUGCGCAAGUGGUGACCUCUGUGGUAGCCUCUUCAUCCUCUUCCUCAUCCGAGGAAGCCGUUUCCGUGGAGAUUAAAGCCCCUACAUUGGCUCCCCCAGAAAGUGAAAGUCACAGCAUAUCCGUAGAGCAAACCACAGUGGUUCCAGCACAACCUGAACCAGAACCAGAACCCAAGCCGGAAAUCCCACCAGAAUCGGGAUCGGAAUCGGAAACUGAAGAGGAAAUCAUACCGGGCACCACAGCUCGACCGCCAACCAGCCGAUCUUCCAGUUCCUCAGAGGAAUCCCCAAGCAUCUUUACCACUCUGCCACCUUUACCGGGAAAAUCUCCGACUUCCUCAUCGGGGGAAAGUUCCGGUGAAGUGGUUACCUCAGAGGAAUACACCACUGUGCCGCAUUUCGAAGUGGGUGGUGGCAGCAAAAGUGAGAGUGAGAGUGCAGAGGUCACCACUUUGCGACCCACUGCAGGACCCAGCAUUACCAUAUCAGUGGACGUCACCUCAUCAUCCAGUAGCAGUAGUAGUUCGGAAUCUGUGGAAGUCGUAACCACACCAUCUCCCAUUUUUGUGCAAAGAGUGACCACCAUAGAGACUAGCAUCUCUAUAGACUAUGCCACACCCACUCCGCCGCCGGAAACCACCACCCGUCGAGUGGUGCCGGUGCCCAGGCCCACAUUUGCCACAGAGCCACCACUGGAUGUGGUGGAAACGACUGCCCCGACGCACCACCUCUGGACGGAGGUGCCCACCACGGCGGCUCCCUUCUUCACGGAAUAUCCGGCAGAAGUGCUGAUCACCACACAUCGAACGAGUGCGGGAAGAUUCACCACAGUGCAACCACCGGCACAGGUCCCCACCACCAUCUCACCCACUGAGGAUUCCACAUCCAUGGAGCUGCCCACACCGCACACUCCCCACAUUGUGGUUACCAUAUUGGAUGCCAAGGAUACAAUACCAUCGCUGAUCACAACCACUGGAAUGCCAACGACCCAUCAUCACCAUCAUCAUCAUCACCACGAACCCGAGGGAACCACUCUGCUGCCUCUGGAAGAAGACGAGCACCACCAUCACCACCAUCAUCAUCAUGAAGAGGUCACCACUCCACAGCCAGUACCAAUAACAACGGGUCAUCCACUGCAAACCGAGGAUUUGAUUGGGGUUCAAGAACCUGCUUUGGUGACCACAGAGGCACCUUUUGUUCCGCCCGAGACGACGGUGGUUCCAGUGGUGGUGCCUGUUACGAUUGCACCACUCGGAACACCUGCACCACCUGUUCCGCCGGCAACAACUGCUCCAACACCACCAGCUACUCCACCAGCUACCGAACCACCCACUGCACCACCCACUCUAGCCCCGGUGACCCUUCCCCCGAUGACCCCGCCUCCAGUGACCCUGCCACCGCCCACCAUACCACCCACGCCCCCAUCCACGCAAUCCGCACAAACUUUACCGCCACCCACGUCGGCCAUAAAUGUUUACACCACCCCCGAAGGACCGCCCACCGCCUCCCACACAAAGGCAACGGUCACGGAGAGCAGCGAGGAGGUGGAGGGCAGCAAUACGGUCUCCUCCGGAGGAAGGGGAUCCGGCGGAGUUCCCGAGGAGAAGGCGGGCGAUGUCGAUUGCAUCAAGCUGGGCUGCUACAAUGGCGGCACCUGCGUAACCACAUCCGAAGGAUCGCGGUGUGUUUGCCGCUUUGACCGCCAGGGUCCUCUGUGUGAGCUGCCCAUUAUCAUCCGGAAUGCCGCCUUCUCCGGCGACUCCUAUGUGUCGCACCGCAUCUACAAGGACAUCGGGGCCCACGAGUCCUUGGACGCCGUCCUGCCGAUGCACAUCCAGCUGAAGGUGCGGACGCGGGCCACCAACGGACUGAUCAUGCUGGCCGCCGCCCAGGGAACCAAGGGGGGUCACUACAUGGCCCUCUUCCUGCAGAAGGGACUCAUGCAGUUCCAGUUCUCCUGCGGACUGCAGACGAUGCUGCUGAGCGAACUGGAAACGCCGGUGAACACCGGCCACGAAAUUACCAUUCGAGCUGAAUUGGACUUCAGCCGGAAUUACACACACUGCAACGCCUCGCUGCUGGUGAACGACACGUUGGCCAUGUCCGGGGAUCAGCCCACCUGGCUGAAGCUCCUGCCGCCCCGCCUCCACACCCCCGAGGCCAUCCUGAACACAUGGCUGCACCUGGGCGGAGCGCCCCAGGCGCCGAUUGGCCUGAUUAUCGAACUGCCGCCGGCCCAGAGCGGCACCGGCUUCACCGGCUGCCUCCAUACGCUGCGCAUCAACGGACAGGCCCGCGAGAUUUUCGGCGAUGCCCUGGAUGGAUUUGGCAUCACGGAAUGCGGUUCCCUGGCCUGUCUAUCGAGUCCUUGUCGCAAUGGCGCCGCCUGCAUAAAGAUCGAAACCAACGAUCUGGACGAGAACGGCGAGAAGGCGGAGAAGUGGAAAUGCAAGUGCCCAACCGGCUACAUGGGACCCACCUGCGAAAUAUCCGUGUGCGAGGACAACCCGUGCCAGUACGGUGGAACCUGCGUACAAUUUCCGGGCAGCGGAUACCUCUGCCUGUGUCCACUGGGCAAACAUGGCCACUACUGCGAGCACAAUCUUGAGGUGGCCCUUCCCUCCUUCUCCGGCAGCGUCAAUGGCCUCUCCUCGUUUGUGGCCUACACGGUGCCCAUUCCCCUGGAGUAUUCCCUCGAGCUGAGCUUCAAGAUCCUGCCGCAAACCAUGUCGCAGAUUUCCCUGCUAGCUUUCUUUGGCCAAUCGGGUUAUCAUGACGAGAAGAGCGAUCACCUGGCGGUGAGCUUCAUCCAGGGCUACAUAAUGCUGACUUGGAAUUUGGGAGCAGGACCUCGUCGUAUUUUUACCCAGAAACCCAUUGAUUUCCGGCUGGAUGCUCCCAGAGUUCCAUACGAAAUUAAAGUGGGUCGUAUUGGACGACAGGCCUGGCUUUCGGUGGAUGGAAAGUUCAAUAUUACAGGAAGAUCGCCAGGAAGCGGCAGCAGGAUGGAUGUGCUGCCCAUUUUGUAUUUGGGCGGUCAUGAGAUUGCCAAUUUCAAUACGCUGCCGCACGAUUUGCCGCUGCAUUCCGGAUUCCAGGGUUGCAUAUACGAUGUGCAGUUGAAGGCGGGUCAGGUUACGGUUCCCCUGCAGGAAACACGUGGGGUCAGAGGUCGCGGGGUGGGUCAGUGCGGAACGAGGGAAUGCCAUCGACACGCCUGCCAGCACGAUGGCGCCUGCCUGCAGCAUGGAGCAACCUUUACUUGCAUUUGCCAGGAGGGCUGGUAUGGCCCCCUCUGCGCCCAGCCCACAAAUCCCUGCGACUCUUUCAACAACAAAUGCUACGAGGACGCCACAUGUGUGCCACUGGUCAACGGCUACGAAUGCGAUUGUCCUGUGGGACGAACGGGCAAAAACUGCGAGGAGGUAAUCCGUUCCCUGAGCGAUGUAUCCCUGACCGGCAGACGUUCGUAUCUGGCGGUUCGCUGGCCAUAUCUAUAUGAUGGCGGUGAUAAGCUGGGCGCCAAGCGCUCCCAAAUGGUCAGCUACAGGAACUUUACCAAAAAGUUAAUGCCCCCGAAACCGAUAACCACGCCCAGUACGCACUUUGUGAUGAAACUCUUGAAUGAGGUGGAAAAACAGCGCAGUUUCUCGCCAGUUCCGUUGAUGGGAUCAAAGACCUUCGAAGAGCACCAUCGAGUGCAGUUCUUCUUUAUCGAGUUCCAACUGCGACCGCUUUCGGAACGAGGAUUACUGCUGUAUUUCGGAACCCUGAACAACAAUCAGGACAAGAAGAUAGGAUUUGUAUCGCUAUCACUGCAAGGUGGAGUGGUGGAAUUCAGGAUCUCUGGGCCCAGUACCCAUGUGACGGUGGUACGGAGUGUUAGAAUGCUGGCCAUUGGCGAGUGGCACAAGAUCAAGAUGGCGCAGCGGGGCAGAUGGCUGACCCUGUGGGUGGAGGGCAGUGCCUCAUCGGCCUUGGCUCCAUCAGCAGAGGUCCUUGUGGAACCGGACUCACUGCUCUACAUUGGCGGGCUGAAGGAUGUGUCCAAGCUGCCGCACAAUGCCAUCUCCGGAUUCCCCAUACCCUUUAGGGGAUGUGUCCGGGGAUUGGUGGUCAGUGGAACGCGCAUUGUGCUUAACGAAACCAACAUUGUGGAAUCACGCAAUAUUCGGGACUGUGAUGGCACCGCUUGUGGCGGAGAUUCCUGCGAAUCCGGCGGACAUUGCUGGCUGGACGAGAAGCUGCAGCCCCACUGCAUUUGCCCAGAAUAUGCCAAAGGAGAUCGGUGUGAAUAUUCGGAGACGUGCAAACUCAUUCCGUGCAAAAAUAAUGGAAGAUGCCUGAGAAGUGGGCGCUGCUCGUGUCCAAAUGGUUGGGGCGGCUUCUACUGCGAGAUUGCCAUGAGCAAGCCGACGACGCCGAGCUUCCGUGGCAACAGUUACCUGAUCUUGCCGCCGCCGCGAAUUCCGAUGAAAGACAAGAGACGGGGUCCCUCUCUAUAUGUCCGCCCCCGCGAAGCCAUCCAAGUUUCGCUGAAUUUCUCCACCAUCGAACCGGACGGUCUGCUCCUGUGGAGCGAGCACGAGAGGAGCAAGUUCCUGGGCCUGGGACUGGAGGCGGGUCACCUGAAGUUGGCCAGCAAUCUGCUGGGAAGUUCCAACGAUACGGUUAGGGCCCCGGCCAGUGGGUUUAUAGCCGAUGGAGCCUGGCACUGGACGAGCGUUCUGUUGGAUCGAACGAGGCUGGAACUCCAGCUGGACGGCGAGGUGAUCUUCACGGAGAGAUUACCCGAAAGUGGUAGACCCCUGGCCUCGACAACCCCGAGAACAACCAUAGCGGGCAGGCGCAAAAAUUCAAACAAGGAGCCUACAAUUAGCUAUGAGGAUGUCUUCUACUUGGGCGGAUUUCCCAACUCGGACUCGGUGAGCAGGCGCACAAAGGGCCGGUUCUUCGAUCCCUUCAAGGGCUGCCUGCAGGACAUCCAGUUCGGAGCCGAACCCACAGCGAUUAUCAGCGAUUUCUCAACGUACCAGGGCGAGAAUAUCGGAUCCUGUGAUCUGCACGGCGAUGAGCCGCUAAUUGUAUAGGAAACGAAAUCAAAAGAGUACGGCAAAAUCGAAGUUACGAAUCUGUAGAACACUUUGAUCAAUUUGGACUUUCUAGAGAACCUAAUUGACGACGCGAUAUAUAGAGAGAACUACUUGUAAGCUAAGUGAUAAGCGAGUUUAUAGAAAAAGUGGGUGGUGGUGGGGGAGUCCCCUCCCCGCCGGAAUCAAUAUAUACACACAGUUUUGGGCAAAGCUAUCGAUAAAAGACAGACGAAAUAAAAGACAAGAAAUGGAACGUAAUUUUGUAAAUUUUAUAGAAAUAAAUGAAAAACAAAAAAAAGACAAAAUGUUUAGACUUAAACCGUGGAAACAAACAACAAAUUAACUGGUUUAUCAAAACAAUACAAGAAGCAAAACUAAGACAAAAUUUUAGACUAGGAUCUAAAUCUAGAAAAUACCGAUACCAGAUACAGAUAUAAACUUCUCUUACGUAAGUGAUAUUUCAAGUGGAAUAACGAUAAUGGAUAAACGAUCCAAAAAGCAACUUAACUUAUCUGUACGUAUAUUGUUUUUGUUGAGCCAAAACUUUUGUUAUGCCAUCGUUAGCAUUUGUGUUAUACAACCGAUAACUAAUCUUAUUUCCCCAAAUUUCACUACUCUUUCUGCCUACGAAAACUGCCCUCAACGAGCUUCUGCCAUUUUUAGUUGUUUAACUAUAAAGCUUAAUUUAGUUAAUUGGAUAUUCGACUCCUUGUUAUCUGUGUUCGUUAUAUAGCAUAAAAAUCUCCUGAUUGAAGCCAUUUAGUUGCCUUGUAGUAAGUUAGCGUAUACUCUCUAUGAUUUAUCUUGAACUAACUCAAAAUCGAAGUCGACUAUUCUAACAACAAAUCAAGAGGCAUACGGAAAAUCUAUGCUAGUCACACAAUAUAAUUAUUCUUAUAAAUGGGAAACCAAGUAGCGAGAAAGAUACAAACAAACAAAAAUAUAUAUACAAUACUUAUACAAUACGAAACCAAAUGAAAAUUGUAACCAAAACUGUAGGCUAAGUAUGUAUUUAUUUCGAGAGAAAUCUUAAUCAGUUAUAAUUUUAAAUAAAAAAAUGGGAAUUAGAAAGGUUAAUAAACUUAAAA